UGAUUAGUCUACUAAACUACACUUGCUGAAUUCAGCCCGUGUCUGUGGUUUGCCUGCAGUACAAUUACUAUCUUUGGCAUACAUUCGAGAAAAACAUGGCAGCUGACGAAUAGAAAAAAGUGGAUCUUCACUCGAGAAAAGACGGCCCUUUAUUUUUAGGACGGAACUACACAGGCGUACUGGAUCAACAUCCCGCACCUUGAUUGUGAUCAUAGACGUGUCGCCAUUGGUCUUCAGUCAGCAUGGGAAAAAUUCCACUAAAAGACCAAAAAGAUGGCAAAAAAGAGAAACCAGGAAGAACAGCUCCGCCGGCAGGUUCAGUUCCCACAACAACAAAAGAUGUUUUCAGCUGGGAAGAAUAUCUAAAGGAAACGUCAUCUAUACCAGCUCCACCAAGCUGUUUCCGUCAGGCUAGAGUCCCACCAUCCAAUGACUUCAAGGUGGGAAUGAAGCUUGAAGCCCAUGACCCGCGCAAUUCCACCUCAGUUUGUAUUGCCACAGUGAUGGGUUUAACAGGGGCUCGUCUGCGUCUCCGUCUGGAUGGUAGUGAUAACAGCAAUGACUUCUGGAGACUGGUCGACUCCUCUGAUAUCCAGCCUAUUGGCACCUGUGAGAAGAAUGGAGACAUGCUGCAGCCACCACUGGGAUUUCGGAUGAAUGCAUCCUCAUGGCCUAUGUUUCUGCUGAGAACCUUAAAUGGAGCAGAGAUGGCACCAGCCACAGCCUUUAAAAAAGAACCUCCAAGGCCCCCUCAGAACAGCUUUAAGCCAGGCAUGAAGCUGGAAGCUGUGGACAAGAAGAACCCAUACCUCAUCUGCCCUGCCACCAUUGGAGAAGUGAAGGGCGAUGAGGUCUUUAUUAUGUUCGACGGGUGGCGGGGUGCCUUUGAUUACUGGUGCAAGUACGACUCCCGGGACAUCUUCCCUGUAGGCUGGUGUUCCCUCACGAAGCAUAGCCUCCAGCCACCAGGCAACAGCGUUAACAUGCCAAAAAACCUACAGAUUCUCCCAGCGUCACCCUCAAAGCCCAGCAGGCGCUCCUUGCAAUCACCAUACAGGCUCCCCAACCCCCUGCCCCCUUUGCCUGUGAGGAAGGGGGUAAGAGGCCGUCGGCCCAAGAGUGAGACCAUUGCUUUGCUUAAAGCAGUAGCAGAAGCGGCAGCUGCUCAAAAUGGAACCAUACCAGAAAACACAGAGCUUCUACCCCGGCCCCACAAAAAGAGAGGUCCCAAACCUGGAAGCAAGAGAAAGUCCAAGAUUCUCCAGAGUCCAGCACCACUACCCAGCAUCCAAGUUCCACAAGAAAGCCCUCCCAGCCUCAACUCUGUGGUUUCAACAGUGUGUGUGUAUGUGAAUAAGCAUGGAAACUGUGGUCCCCACCUGGACAGAAAACAGAUGCAGCAUUUGCCAGACCACUUUGGCCCUGGGCCAGUGAAUGCUGUGCUCCAGCAGGUGGUCCAGUCAUGUAUAGACUGUGCAUACCAGCCUAAAGUCCUGCUCAGCGCUCUGCAGACUCAUUCAGGAGGAGGAGAGGUUGUCAGAGUGAGAACAGAUGGUGGAGUUCGUGCAGUCAAACUACCUUCAGCCUCCAGUGCUUCCUUUGUGUUGCGCUUCUUGGAGACUAUGUGUCAUCACCUGCAGUGUGACAACCUGUUCAGCAGCCAGCCGUUCAGCCACUACACUGCUUAUGACAGGACCAAGUCAGUGAAAGAAGAGGUGCUAGACACUCCAUCUCUGGUUCGGGGUAGUAAACGGAGUCUCUCUGGAGUCUCCCCAUUGUAUGCUGCCCCUCUGUCUCCUAAACAUCUACGCACCGAAGCCCACCCUUCAGAAGAGACCCUGCCCUAUGAGGAGAACGGCCUAAUAAAAGAGCAACGCUACAUGGGCUCAGCGUCCAACUCCAUGACCCCUCGACCGCAAAUGGUGCGGAGUUCCUCAGAGUUCCACCCUCAGGCCGGCACCAGGAACCAUCCAGGCAACAGCACACCCUUGCGCCGCCUCUCCUCUAACCAUGCAGAGCUCAGCUCCACACAGCCUCUCAGACGAGUUGAAGCAGCCAGCUCCACCACAGGUCCAGAGGCUCUAGGGUCUGACCGAGAGAGCCUGCAGCUGCCCAGUAAAAACCCCUCCUCUUGGUCCAUUGAAGAGGUGAUGCAGUUUGUGAGGGAUGCUGACCCCACAGCAUUAGCUCCACAUGCUGAACUAUUCAGAAAACAUGAGAUUGAUGGAAAAGCUCUGAUGCUGCUACGGAGCGACAUGAUCAUGAAGUACAUGGGUCUAAAGCUGGGCCCUGCACUGAAGUUGUGCCACCACAUAGAGAAGCUGAAACAAGGCAAACUGUAACAUGCAGCCUGGGCGGCAUGGUCCCAGCCAGACCUGUGAGCAAUAAGCCCUGAGAAAGCCAGCGUUUGGACACUGACUCGUGAGGCACAUAGGGGAUACAUGUGACUCCAAACUCCACCUCAAGGAACGGAAUAGACAUUAUGACUUGAUCCUUACUUCCUGAGUGGAGAAAGUGUGCCGCGCAGUGCUGACACAUUACCUCAUCCCCUCAUCAGUGAACAAGAAGCUGUUCAAGUCUAACAGACACGACUGACUUUAUGAGAUCCCAAAGGAAAACAAUCCCUGUAGUGUUUACAUUGCAUAGCACAUGUGCACACGUGGACAUGUUUUUUAUGAAGAUGAAAACUUUUGAUCCUGGUUUUGGAUCCCCAAAGAUGGAGAAUGUUUCUUCUUAUAUAAUGUUUUUAGUAUUCCUGAAUUUCCAGUUAAUAAGGAAGGGUUGGUAUACUGAAAAAAAAAAAAGUCAGAUCCCCAUGCUCUUUUUGUAAAACCUGGACACUCUCUCUCCUGUGCUGUUGUUUUGCAGUUUUCACUCCAUGUUGGAUUCUGUUUUUAAUUGAAUCUCACCUUUUCCACAAGUGUGCUGCAGGAUCAUUGCCCGCUGUCUGGCAUGAUGUAAUAUUGUGUCUUAGCAGGCCUUAUGCUGCCUCUUACUGGUCUCCAUGCAGUUCUAAUCAAUGUUAAACUGGUUGCAUCCCAAUAAGUUAUGGCUGAAUACAUUUCAGAGAACAGAUUAAGGAAAUACAAAUGCGAGAUUUCUAAGGGCUUUCUAGGUCUAAUUUUGAUGUAAUGUUUUUAUCAUAGUCAUGUAAGCUUGUUGUUCAGCCUGCAACAUCAGUGUUGUCAAUUUUGACCGUUACAAUCACUGUUAGCAAACAGAUGUGUACAGUUUUAUGGGUUUAACCAUGAGUAUCAGCAACAGAAUGUACAUUUUGUAGAAACUUUAAUAUUUUAAGGAGCUCAUAUACACAAGUUAGAAAUGUGAAGAUAAAGGGGAUGGGGUGAAUAUCUCACAGUGGAUUCUGUUCUGCUUUUUAAUGCAUACUGCAACGCUUUUAGUUCAAAUACUCCCAGUAUUAGAAUCUGCCUUGCUUUACCUAUGACAUUUCUCAGGUUUAUGUGAUCUUUGUUAGUACAAAAUUUUGUAGCAUACUGUUUAUAAGAUACUUAACAGAAUUUUCCUGUUAUUCACUUCCUUGAUUUAAAGACUUGUGCCAUAUAAUAUUCAACACAGGAUCAAAGUGCUGUUCAUUUCCUUCUUUUGCAUCUUUUAAAGUACUUGA